AUCGAAUCCGAGUGAUGCAGGGAUCAAGGAAUAAGUAGGAUGGGGUGGGGGUAGGGAAAGGAAAUGAGUGAGGGGGUACGGGGUCUCGCAGAAAACGGAAGCCUUCAGAGAAAAGUGCAGAGGACGAAGCCGCAGCAUCCUCGCGGCCUGUGGCUCGCCCCCGCCUUCCUUUUGCGCAGAAUCCUCCCCUCGGCUGCAGCAGCGCUCUGCCCCCUCUGGCCCGGCGCGCCGUGAUCGAUCUAAGGCUGCGUCAGAAUCCUCUCCGAGUAUAAAUAGGGGUGGCAGGACAGCGCCGAGCUGCACACAGCCAUCCAUCCUCCCCUCUCCCUCUCUCCCCCGUUCUUCUUCUCUCUAGGCCCCCAUCUCCGCCGCCGACCAGAGCGGCACCGACCGCCACCAUGAGUUCCUUCAGCUUUGAGCCGUACUACUCGACUUCCUACAAACGGCGCUAUGUGGAGACGCCCCGGGUGCACAUCUCCAGCGUGCGCAGCGGCUACAGCACCGCGCGCUCCGCUUACUCCAGCUACUCGGCGCCCGUCUCCUCCUCGCUGUCCGUGCGCCGCAGCUACUCCUCCAGCUCCGGCUCCUUGUUGCCCAGUCUCGAGAACCUCGACCUGAGCCAGGUAGCCGCCAUCAGCAACGACCUCAAGUCGAUCCGCACCCAGGAGAAGGCGCAGCUGCAGGACCUCAACGACCGCUUCGCUAGCUUCAUCGAGCGCGUGCACGAGCUGGAGCAGCAGAACAAGGUCCUGGAAGCCGAGCUGCUGGUGCUGCGCCAGAAGCACUCCGAGCCGUCCCGCUUCCGGGUGCUGUACGAGCAGGAGAUCCGCGACCUGCGCCUGGCGGCGGAAGACGCCACCAACGAGAAGCAGGCGCUGCAGGGCGAGCGCGAAGGCCUGGAGGAGACUCUGCGCAACCUGCAGGCGCGCUACGAAGAGGAGGUGCUGAGCCGGGAGGACGCAGAGGGCCGGCUGAUGGAAGCGCGCAAAGGGGCCGACGAGGCGGCUCUCGCCCGCGCCGAGCUCGAAAAGCGCAUCGACAGCCUGAUGGACGAAAUCGCUUUUCUGAAGAAAGUGCACGAAGAGGAGAUCGCCGAGCUGCAGGCGCAGAUCCAGUACGCGCAGAUCUCCGUGGAGAUGGACGUGUCCUCCAAGCCCGACCUCUCCGCCGCGCUCAAGGACAUCCGCGCCCAGUAUGAGAAGCUGGCCGCCAAGAACAUGCAGAAUGCCGAAGAGUGGUUCAAGAGCCGCUUCACCGUGCUGACCGAGAGCGCCGCCAAGAACACCGAUGCGGUGCGCGCCGCCAAGGACGAGGUGUCCGAGAGCCGCCGCCUGCUAAAGGCCAAGACCCUGGAGAUCGAAGCAUGCCGGGGCAUGAACGAAGCGCUGGAGAAGCAGCUGCAAGAGCUGGAGGACAAGCAGAACGCCGACAUUAGUGCUAUGCAGGACACAAUCAACAAAUUGGAAAAUGAAUUGAGAACCACAAAGGGUGAAAUGGCAAGAUACCUCAAGGAAUACCAAGACCUCCUCAAUGUGAAGAUGGCUUUGGACAUUGAGAUUGCAGCUUACAGGAAACUCUUGGAAGGUGAGGAGACCCGGCUCAGUUUCACCAGCGUGGGCAGCAUAACCAGCGGCUACUCCCAGAGCUCCCAGGUCUUUGGCCGAUCUGCCUAUGGUGGUUUACAGACCAGCUCCUACUUGAUGUCCGCCCGCUCCUUCCCAUCUUACUACACCAGCCACGUCCAGGAGGAGCAGAUCGAGGUGGAGGAGACCAUCGAGCCUGCGAAAGCUGAGGAAGCCAAGGACCAACCCCCCUCUGAAGGAGAAGCUGAGGAAGAGGAGAAGAAGGAAGAAGCCGAGGCUGAGGCUGAGGAAGAGGAGGGAGCCCAAGAGGAAGAAGCUGCCAAGGAAGAAUCUGAGGAGGCAAAGGAGGAAGAAGAAGGAGGUGAAGGCAAAGAAGCAGAAGAAACCAAAGAAGCUGAGGAGGAGGAGAAAAAAGAUGAAGGCGCUGGGGAGGAGCAAGCCACUAAGAAGAAAGAUUGAACCCCCUUUCCUUAAUUAUUCCAGGAAUAAUUCUCCUGAAAUCAGGUCAACCCCAUCACCAACCAACCAGUUGAGUUGCAGACACUAUAUGAGUUAAGAAGUCAAUAUAUGUAUAAUUCUGAGAUGACUCAGGUUGGGCGUUAAAUGUUGUGCUAUGACUUUUCUCCUUCCGCAGAGUAUCUGUUUGCUUGCAGAGUGGCUUCCUGGCUUGCUGCCAGCCUGUGCAUGGUCCACGCUUAUGAGUUCAGGAUCUACGGCAAUGUGAAUAAUUCAGAUGUUUACAAUAAAAAAAAAAACCCUGAAUAAAUGAAUUCACUAAUGUUAAUGUUAAACUUCAUGGAAAAAAAUAGUCCUUCGAACCUUUGGUGGUUAGAAAUUAAAGACCUUGAAUUAUGUGCUAUAAAUAGUAAAUAAAGUUACACUGAAUGACA